GCUUAGAGUAGCUUCCCCUUUCCCAAUUCUGCUCACUUCCCCUGCAGCAGAAGAUCAUCUAUUCCUCAAUCGCGACAUCAUUAUCAGAUUUUAAAAAUUUAUAAUAAUUUUAAUUGAAAUAUAAAAUGUAUGAGGCUUGUAUUAUCGAAGGAAUGUUUAAGAGUAAAAUAAAUAUACGUCUAUUCUGAAUCAUCCUCUCAACACUGCUUUAAAAAUAAGCUGUACUGUACAGAUUUCAGCCAAAACAGGUCUAAAAAAAUAUAAAUAAAUAAUAAAUAACCUAACUUACUUAUUAACUAUGACUAUGUUAAGUAUGUCACAGUAUGAUUGAGUAUGUCUAUGUUGUAGUAGUUUAAUAGUAAUAUACUAAGUAUAAGUCAUAAUUUAAGUAAGUAGACACUUCAGAUAAUAAUAGUAAUAACUAGUAAGUUAAGUAAGUAGUAGUAGUACUUGAACUUGUGCAGCCUCCCAUCAUUGUCAAAUCUGAAGGACUGUACACUAUACUAUACUGUAUUUUUGAAAUCUUGAUCUUGCUUCAUCAGUAUUGAUUGUUUUAACGGUAAAUUCAGAGAGAGCGGCCUGCGUCUUUUUCCAUGGCUGCCACUUUUACGUGUUCACGGGUCGAGGCAACCAAGAUGGCGGCCGUGGAAAAAUGAAAUAACUCACGUUUGCUAAAAUUUGGAAGAAAACGUUUAAAAUUGAUGAAAAAAAUGUCCUAAAUUGAGCCCUAUGCUAUGCCUAACCUGAACCAUAAAUCGAUCACUAUGUCUAUGUCUAACAGUCUGAACCCUAAAUCUAUCCCUAUGCCUAUCCUGAACCCUAAAUCUAUCCCUUUGCCUAACCUGAACCCUAAAUCGAUCCCUAAGCCUAACCUGAACCCUAAAUUGAUCCCUAUGCCUAACCUGAAGCCUAAAUCAAUCCCUAUGCCUAACCUGAACCCUAAAUCGAUCCCGAAAACCUACCCUGAACCCUAAAAACUAGCCAUAAAAACACAUGGAAUUUACACACUGUGGCAAGAAAACUAUAAAAAUUAACAAAAAACAAUAAAAAAAGGGGCCAAAAUAAUUAUAAAAUAAAGAAAUAAUGAAAUUUCAACUUACAGUUUCAUGAAAUACACUUUUACACACUUUAUUUCAGGUUCCAUGGAAAAUAAUAGCCACAAAAUGAAUAAAUCUCCACAACCCACAGGCACCCCACAUAUAUCAAAUAUGGCGGAACAAAUAAAAUAUGAUAAUAAGCCAACCAAUCAAAAUUUUAAAAUUAUAAUUAAUCAACCAAUAAAAUUUUAAUUAUGAAUAUGUAACUCUAUUUACUCAAAAAUAAGGGGAGUGAAUCCAAACCAAAACACGCAAAAGUCGUCACGGGCGGCUAAAUCUGAAUCAGCCAUUUUAACUUAUAGCAGUUUUUGAGCUAAGAAUUUUUAAAGUAUGAGUUCGUUUGACCUUUUUUUACCAUAGACCGUAUCUCCUCAUUCCACGAUGCUAUUCCGCUUUUGCCUCAAGUGCAAUAUCUCUUGUUUUAAUGAUAAUUUUAUAUGACUUUUAUCUACAGCAGGCCUGCACAACAUACGGCCCACGUGUCGCAUGCGGCCCGCCAGAAACCCACUUUACGGCCCGCGAAGUAAGGAAAUAUUCUUUAUUGUUAUUAGUUUCUAAAUAGCUUUCCCCCCCAUCUUUUUUUCUUUUGGCCUGCACAAGCCCUGUUCUAUUUUCUUUUGGCCCGCACAAGUUCUUCAUAAAGUAUUACGGCCCGCCUUACAUUUUGAGUUGUGCAGGCUUGAUCUACAGGAUUUAUGCUAAUUUAAAAAAUUAAUUUUAACAAUGUUAUGCACUUAAAAAUAAAUUGUAACUUAUCUAGCUAUGCACAAUGUAUACAAAUUAAAUAGUAGUCUCCCUUGUGUUACUGAAGUUUUAGCAUAGAUACUUCAAUUUUCAACUAAUCAAAAGACAACACUUUUAGUUUUAGUGCGCAUCUUUUUUUUUACUGGUUUUUAGUUUUGGGUAGGGAUCAGCAAGGCUGUGUUUCUUUUUUCAUUUCUUUUGAUACUUGUAAAUUGAAUUUUAAUAAAUAUUAAUUAAAAAAUUCAUUUUAAUAUGCUUCAUAUUGACCUAUUGAUUGUCAGAUUUAGUUUAUGAUGCGAUUAAUUCUCAGUGAACAACAAAAAAUGUUAUCACACACAUCAUUCAGAUCCAACAAUUGGUCUGUUCACUUUAAGUCCAGUGUUGGGAUUUCACAAAGUGAUGUCACUGUGCUUAGGGUGAGACAAUUCUUGGCAAAACCCAUACCGUUAACCCUAAAUUUGCUCUACUAUUUACGAUGCACUCAUCAAAGUACUGAAACUACUUGCUUUUAAUUUUUGACUUGUAAUUUAUUGAGUACAAAUUUUAUCAAGCCAAGCUAUUGUGUGGGCCCUUGGGCUCCAGGGGGGUUCAGAUAUUUAAGGGCCCCAAAUUUGUGAUGUGCAGAAAAUUUAAAGAUCAACUUGAAAGCUAGGAGCACAAUACAGAAAAAUGACAGGGGCCUCCAAAAGCCAUAGCCAUUAUUGCCGUCAAGACAGUCAUUGAGUCAAGUUAACUUGCCCAUGACUGUCAAGUCACCAAGUUUAUCCACAGUAGUUGAGUAGUAGGCCUAAAUAGGCCUAGUUUUUACCACCCCAGCUAAUUAAAUCUUUAAAAAUACAACUUAAACUUUUAAUUAAAAUUAAAGCGUUUAAUUUGCUAAAGACACUUGCACUCUUUACUAAUAUUUUUUUUAAAUUUUGUCUAAUUUCAGAAGUCUAUUGAGACUAAAUUAAAGGAAAGAGUAGUUCCCUGCCUGUGGAGUUAAAAAAGUGAAAAUCCUGUAGUGAUUAUAACCACACUGGGGUUGUCCAGACUCUAUAUCAGUAAACUCAGACUGCUGAGGAUACCUUGCUGGAGACAAAAGUUACCAAAUUUUCUAUCUUCAAAAAAUACAUAUUUUAUACGCACUAAAAUGUCAGAGUCCCUAGUUUCAUUGGUAGGUAUAAAAAAAAAUGUGUUUAGCAUUAUUUUAUUUCUUUCUUUAGUGGUGGUGAUGUGGAGCCUAUUUUUUUCUCUCUCUAUUUUUAAGAAGACUUUUGGCCAAACGUUUUUUAGCCAAAAUACUUUUUUUUUUUUUUUACAAAUAUAGUACUUUAACAUACUUAGCAUCAUCUAAUCUAAGCUUUAUCAUAUUUCAACCUUCUUAGAAGGCUUCUUCUUCUUUUUUUGCAAAUAAGACAUUGCAAUUAAUACAAUAAUAAUAAUAAUAAUAAGAGGUCUUAUAUAGUGCGGUACCCCAGCAUAGGGCUGGGCUCACCGCACUGUAAAUACAAUUUUUUAUCAAAAGAAACAUAAUCAUGACAUUAAAAUAAAAUACAUUUAUGAAAUAAAGAAAAGCAAUGUAUAUUCACCCACCCCACCACACAAUAUAUGUCAAACAUUUGUAAUUCGAAACAAAAUGUCCCUUAUUAUUUAAUAUUAGCCAUCUUCUGAUCUUCCAUAUGAAACUGAACCCUGUGUUGAUUUGAGUUUUUAAAAUAUUGAAUUUAUUUUUUUGUUUGUAAAACAUAUUGUAAAAUUUUUGGGAAAGGCAGCAUGUUCUAGUUUGUACAAUUCAUUUUACUUUUGAUUGCAGGUUUCAGCUAAAGGCAGAUUGUACUAGUUUGUACAACAAAAUUUACUUUUAAUUGCAGGUUCCAGCUAAAGGCAGCAUGUCCAAGUUUGUGUAACUUAUUUCAUUUUGGAUUGUAGGUUCUGGCCAAAGGCAGUAUGUACAAGUUUGUACAACUCAUUUUACUUUUGAUUGCAGGUUCCAGCUAAAGACAGCAUGUACAAGUUUGUACAACUCAUUUUACAUUUGAUUGCAGGUUCCAGCUAAAGACAGCAUGUACAAGUUUGUACAACUCAUUUUAUGUUUGAUUGCAGGUUCCAGCUAAAGACAGCAUGUACAAGUUUGUACAACUCAUUUUAUGUUGGAUUGCAGGUUCCAGCUAAAGACAGCAUGUACAAGUUUGUGCAACUCAUUUUACUUUGGAUUGCAGGUUCCAGCUAAAGAUAGCAUGUACAAGUUUGUACAACUCAUUUUACGUUGGAUUGCAGGUUUUGGCAUGUACUAGUUUGUACAACUCAUUUUACUUUUGAUUGCAGGUUCCAGAGCUGGGUCGUAGCAAUGUGAAAAUAAAAGAUCAAGAAUUGGUGGAAAAAGCCAUUCGUACGAUGAUGAGGGACGCACACCAUAAGUUACAAGUUAGUUAACAAUUUUAAAGAAGCCAAUUUUUGCUUAUAUUUAUUUUCAUCUCCUGAGUUUAAAAAACAUUUCUUUCUAUAUAUAGUAUUUGUGUAAUGAAGUAAAUCUCAUUUAUGCAACACAAAUCUAAUAAAUAAAAUUUCAUCACCGGUACUGUUGUACUUAUAAUAUAAAUUAUUGUUGUCUGUAAAGAAAAGAUGGUGGAAAAUAAUUUGAGCAAACCUUACAGUUCAAUCCAUACAGAAAGAGAAUAUUCUCAUUUUCAACCAAAGUUGAAAAAUAUUUUAACCAUUCAGUAUCUAUUCUGUAUAUAGCAUACUUCAAAUGAAAUUUGUAUUUAAUGCUGUGCACGAGGUCCUGAAGGGAACAGUUAAAAAAACAGUAUUUCAAAUCCUGAGAGGGAUUAGAAAAGCGACUCCCCCUCUUGCUGUUUCUGUUUGCUUGUAGGUGGUUGCAGAUUUUGAUUGGACAUUAACAAAACAUUCAGAACACCGAAAAGUGUGCAGUACAACACAUGGUAAGUUUAACACAGAUUUAAAUUUAUUCCUCUCUAGAUAUUGAUGUGUAAAUUAUAUACUCUUGAUUUAUAGGUUGUGGCUGAUUUUGAUCGUACCCUAUCUAAAUACUCAGAAAAUGGCAGACUAUGUAACACAACACACAGUGAGUUGGAUUUGGCCAGUGUGAGCUUGAACAAAUGGACUUGUUUUUUUUUUUUGUUGUUUUUUUGUGACUAUUAUUUUUCCUUUUUCCCUUUAGUCUAAUAGAUACCACUAAAACAGAAUAAUUGCCCUUUUCUUCAUAACAAAACCCAUUACCAUUGAUAUAACUUUCUAUAACAUGACUGUAAACCAUAAUUUAUAUUAAUGGCUUUGCAUUUUCAUAGCUAAGUUUCUACAUAAUGUUAUUUAUAUAUAUUAAAUACAUCCAUGUAUAUAUGUACCUUUAGUGUCAAUACAAAUAGCCAAUUUGAUUUUUAAGAAAUAUCCAAUGCCAAAAAUGAUGAUAAUAACAAAGUUUAAAUAUUAAAUAAAUACUAUUUAAUUAGAAGUGGUUUUCUGGUAUUUAAAGUUAAGGUAAAGUAUUUCUUAUUAAAACUUUAAUUGUUGACCUUUUGUUGACCAAACCACUGCACACAAGACAAGGGCAAACAGGGGCAAUAACACAGAUUAGAUAAUUGCUCUCAUGCACCAAUUAACACCAACGUAUACAUUCAUUUUCAAAUAUAAUAAUAAUAAUAGAAGUCAGUUCCAAGUAUAAGUCUUCUUUAAACCAAUCGCUACAUUUUCUAUUGUGUCAUACUUUUUUUUGAUUAACAAAAUAGAAAUAGUGUUUUUCUUGUUUAACAUUCACUACUAUACAAGCAUUGUUAUAGUGUCAUUACAUCAACAUUAUGGAACUGGUAAUAGGAUGUCAGUCUUCGUAACCAGUGACAGUUGUCAGGCUGCCAGUCUCAGUAACCACUGACAGCUGAUGUUUUUACUCAGUAUGCUACAUUUUCCUACAGCUAUUAAGAUAGCGGGCAUAUUAUUAGAAAUCAUUAACUGGAUUAAAAAAAAACUAUUCCAGACUUUUUAUUCCAUUUAGUUGUAGUCUUCCUAUCUUUGCAAUUCAUUGUUACUGAAAAUCCAAGCUCUUGGUUAAUGCUUGCUAGAGAUUGGAUUUGAUCCACAAAGGUCUUGAUGGAUCAUUGACAGAUUUACCAUUACACCUCUUAGUGAUCCAAUAAUGAGAACAUUUUUGGCAUAUCAGGUUCUUUGUGACUUAGACUAUUUGGUAUAAAAAAAACAAGGUAACCCACCCAGAGCGUAACCCACCCAGAGUGUAACCUACCCAGAGCAGAUGAAAUUUUAAAAGGAUUUUUUAGGAAAAUCUAUAGACCUUAUUUCAAGUAAAAAUGAAUAUUCAAAGGUUAUAAAAAUUUCUAGCACUAAAAGGGUGAUAGCACACACACAAAACAAAACAAUAUGUGCACUGUAGACUUGUCACUACUAUACAGAGUCUUUGUUUAAGCUUUCAUUCUGUACAGUAUUUACAUUGUUUCUUUCAUGGCUCAGCUUUUGUGCUUUUUGGUUAACUUUUAUAGUUUCAUUGUAAUUCAUGAAUCUGGUGUUCAUUUACGAUUUGUAGUCACCUCAUUGAUAUAUUUGUAAAAUGUUUAGUUACAUGGCUAAUAUUUUAUUUGUAUGAUGGUUGCUUAAGUCAGCGUUUCCCAAACAUUUAGGUUUGGCGGAGCAGUGGUUAAGUUUCAAAAUGCAUCAGGGACAGGUGUGACAUUUAUUAAUUAUAUUUUCUUUUUAUUUCGACCAUAAAUAUUCAUGUUGUUUGGACUGGCAACACAAGGCUCAUGGACCAGUGCCCGUCAAUGGCCCACCAUUUGGGGAACGCUGGUUAAAGCUGAUCAGUUUUGUUGUGUUGUUCUCUCCCCCCUCCAUUGAAAAAAUUUAACAAAAUACAUGUAAAGUUUACUCCAAUUUGCAACUUGUAGGUUAUGAUUGACAUGAGAGGGUGGCAGAGUUUAAUUAAUAUACUAUUUUUAGUUAACACUUUUUUUCUGAAAAUAACUUCUUAUUUUAAAUGUAUUUCAAUAACCUAAUUUUUUAAUUUAAUUUUUUUCCUGCUUUUUUAAAACUAAAUGUGAAAAACUAUUGUAACAGUACUCUUAUUUAAAUUGUAACCUUGACCUUAAACACCCACUGAAUCUUGUCUCUUGUGUGUUUCUGAAGGUGUGCUGGAAGAGAGCCGUUACAUGCCAGACUACUUCAAAGAGGAGGUAAGAAAGACCUCCUUACUUUUCACAGUUUUAUAUUUACUUGGGAAACUCUUUAAAAGAUUUCUCUAUCAAAGAUUUCUCUAUACACUUAUUUAAACAAAAUGGGAUAACCUGAAAAUCUUAAAUAAAACUAAAACUAAAAUGCAGGAUCAGCAUUUUUCAACAUAGUGUGUCAUAACACAUGGGUGUGUCAUAACACACUGGUGUGUUAUUAAAAGGUGUAUAUGGUUUUCAGAUGUUAUGGAAUAAAAAUAAUUUUUAAUAAAAGUUUUCGAGACAUUUUACCAAAAAAUUAUAUAAUCCCAUUAAUGAGCCUAUAAUUAUAAUAUAACAAUUCAAUCCCUCUAAAAAUUGGUUUGCACAAUUAUUUGGUGGACAAUGCUCAUCAUAAAUACACCUAAACUCUUUAAAAAUUUGAAUGGUGUGUCAUAGAAUUUUAUUAAUUAACUUUAAGGUCUAUAAUACAAAAGUGUUGGAAAAUGACUGUGCAAGUUGAUUGUCAAUUGUCAAGUCCUUGUUCUACCGGGUUGGUUAAUCCGUCAGUUUCUUUAACACGUUGAUUACGUCGUACUAAUAUUGAAUAACUAAAGUCCUUCAUCAUAAUAAAUGCAACUUUAAUAUCAUAUCAUUAACACAGGCUGUAAACUCCAUGUACAUAUGCAUCGAUAGCGCAGCUCGCUAUAGCCCGGAAUAAUACACCCUACCUCCACACAGUUCCAUUCAAAGUUACGUCCCCAAUCAGUCUAGACAAUUUGUCUCCAAGAUAAUUAAGGGCGGGAAGAGGGUCACUACUUAAACAGCUCUCAAACACACAGUGCGCAAUGACUCAUUCAGUCGCAACAAUAACUAAUUAACUCCCCUACUCGACAUUGAUCCGAUGAAGAAAUUGAAUAUGUUGGAUUUUCUUAGAUAUUCAGUAACUGGCAAGGGCCACGCAAACAUUUCACUGUCUAGAAGAAAGCUAUUAGGGUUGGGAAAACAUUUUUAAUUCACACCACACAUCAUAAAGCACACAGCAUACGGCACACAGAAAUGGGUCAUAUGGGGAAUUUGAACUCCCAUGGUUAUUUGAUCCAAAUGAAUUGUCUUGUCAGUGAUUUGAUCUUUACUUGUAUCCUCUUUUUUUAUUCUAGGCCUGCAGACUGAAGGAUAUCUAUCUGCCCAUUGAAUUUGACCACUCAAAAACAAUAGAGGAAAAGGUACCCAAGAUGAUUGAGUGGUAUGUAGUUUACAAAAAAUUGUUAGGAUCUCUCCCCCCCCCCCCCAAGAAAAGAAUGAAAAAAUUAGAAUAAAAUAGAUUAACACACAUUAAUUUUCAAACUGAAGAAAAAUAAUUAUAACCACAUCAUUUGAACAAAGGGUCUCAACCUGUAGUUUACAGAGCCCGAGAAUAGAUACAAUACAUAAAGUAAGAGAUAGACCAGGGAAAAAAUAUGGACGUUAAACUAAAACUGUGUUUCACAAAUGGUGGUGGUGGUGGUGGGGGGGGGGGGUUGGAGGGGAGCCACAAGUUCUAACUUAGUGUAAGGGGUAUUAAAUAAUAAAUCCUGUAUUUAGUUGUGUAUUUUUUUUUUAAAAAGUUAUUAUUUCUCAAUAAAGUAAGAGAGAGACCAGGGAAAAAAAUAUGGACGUUAAACUAAAAAUGUGUUUCACAAAUGGGGGUGGUGGUGGUGGGGGGGGGGGUUGGAGGAGAGCCACAAGUUCUAACUUAGUGUAAGUGGUAUUAAAUAAUAAAUCCUGUAUUUCGUUGUGUAUUUUUUUUUUAAAAAGGUAUUAUUUCUCCUCCUUAUGUUUUUAAGGAAGCUGUCAUUCCUCUCAUAGCUUUGAAAUUGUUAUAAAGAUAUUUUAGAUGAUCAUUUUUUUAAAAAACAUUUUUUACAUGCUCUUCCGAUAAACUUUAAGGUGGACAAAAGGUCAUGAUCUGUUGGUUAGCUGUGGGCUUUCGAAAGACACACUUGAACACAUUGUGGCAGAAUCUCAAGCUCGUCUCAGGUGAGUGGGAAAAUGUAUCACCUGGAUUGACACACAUUGUUUGAAAAGCAUCAUUUCACAUAGCUUGAUUGAUGUAUAGUUCAUAUGAAGAGCAUUACAUAACUUGAAUGAUAUACUUCACAUGAAGAGCAUCAUGUCAAAUAACUUGGUCGAUUUAUUUCAUUGGUCUUGUCACUCACCUUGAAUAUUAAACUUUGUAUGAAGAGUAUCAUGUGAAUUUUUCAAUCAAUGUUUAUAUGAAGAAUGGUAAUAAGGGAAGACUGUAAUCAGAUUAGAAUAAAGGAAAAUGAGUGAAACCAAAUAUGGUGAAAACCUCACCAAAAAAAAAGGAAGCAACAAAACAACAAACGCUUCGGCAAGAAGCCUUCUUUCGUGAACAAACAACAUGAAAAACAAAAUUACAUUUUUAAAAAUAACACAUAGCUGUAAUGUAGUGUCCGAGAGAACAGAAAGAGGAAAGUGACAGAGCAUCAGUGAGAGGACAGCAAGAGGAAAGUGACAGCAUAAGUGAGAGGAGAGCAAGAGGAAAGUGACAGAGCAUAAGUGGGAGAUUAAAUAAAAGAAAAAAGGGACAGAAGAGAGGAAAAGUAAGUCCAAUGCGAUUGGUCGUAACAAGGAGGUGGGCUGAGAAGAGUAUCACAUCAGUGUUUCAGUCAAUGUUUAUAUGCAGAGUAUCAUUAUCAUGUCAGUGCAUCAGUCAAUGUAUAUAUCUUAGCACAUUCUUUUUUUUCUCGGAAGGAGAAAUUAAAAAAAAAAUGUCUUGUUUUUUAGACUACAUGGAUUACAUUUACUUCACUAAAGAUAUACCUUGUAUUUAUUUGUUACCUAUCACAUCUAGAGACAUAUUUAAAAUUGUACUUUCAUCUCUGUUCAACUCUUUGCAUCUAGAAGUUUCUCUGGCUUUUGACUCAUUUAAAUACUGGUGAAUGAGAAAAUAAAUGAUACUGACAGGAACAACCAAUACGUUGAGUGCUAAUAAUAGCCUGAUGACCUUUGACUUAACUUGAGUGCUAGUAAUAGCCUGAUGACAUUGGACUUAACUUGAGUGCUAGUAAUAGCCUAAUGACAUUUGACUUAUAGUAGAAAUGAAAUCAUUGAAAUAUAAAAUAAAUAAAGCAUAUGAUGAACUGAGUGUACAGUCAUGGAAAGAAAGUGGUUGUUUACAAUUUCCCCAGUUUUCUCUUCAUUGAACUCAAUAUUUCAAACUUGCCUAUGUAACUGAUCACUGUUUUGAAGUCCUCUAUCAAAGUUAUUUUACUUCCAUCCAUUGUCCUCCACAGGAUGGCUGCAAAUACAUAUUUCAUCCAUGCCUUGUCCUCCCAUCCAUUGUCCUCCUCAGGGAUGGCUGCAAAGCAUUUUUCAACCAGCUGCAUGAUCUAGACAUCCCCAUUUUAAUCUUCUCUGCUGGCAUAGGGGACAUCAUUCAUCUGGCCAUAUCACAGCAGGCAGAGUUCUUCCCCAGCAACAUGAAGAUUGUCUCAAACUUUUUACGUUUUGAUGAAAAGGUUUGUACCGAGGGAGGUCACAAGACGGCAGCCAUCUUGGCAUGGGCUGAGGAUCAGCUGUCUGAUAUCCUGGCAACAGAAUGUUAAGAUAAUUGUCAAAGUAAAUUUUCAAACAACAAUAUCAUAAUUCACCAAAGUUCAGUCAUUUGUUAGGUUGAAGGUUAGUCAUUUGUUAUUUCUGCUAUCAGAUUUAAUAGUUGCAAAAUACCUCAUCAGGAAUUCAAACAGUUGAGGCCAUUUCAUUUAUUUAUGUUAAACUUUGCCAACUUUUUUUCAUGUAUGAUUGUGCAAGUUUAGCAGUACUGGGUUAGUGGAUGAAAUUAUUGACGGUGUAUUUACCUACCAGGGUAUCAUAAUUGGGUUUGAGGAUGAAAUCAUCCACACCUUCAACAAGAAUGAGAAUGCCAUCCACUCCAGUGACUACUUCUACAACAUCAAGCACAGGGAGAACCUACUCCUGAUGGGGGACUCGAUCGGUGACCUCAGGAUGGCUGAAGGGGCCGAUCAUGUAGAAUGUAUGCUGAAAAUAGGAUUUCUUAAUUUUAAGGUAAAAAAUAUCUUUUCAUUUCAUAGUACACUGAAAAAAAAUAAAAAUGGAUCUUUAAUGAUUUAUACAUGAACAUCCAAUGUAUCAAUUCUGAUAUAACAUCCUCAUUGUCAUUUCUGAUCUGACAUCAUAACAUCCUAAGUAUAAAUUCUGAUCUGAAAUCAUAACGUCUUAAGUAUAAAUUCUGAUCUGACAUCAUAACGUCUUAAGUAUCAAUUCUGAUCUGACAUCAUAACAUCAUAACUAUCAAUUCUGAUCUGACAUCAUGGUAUGUUCAUAUUUAUAGAGGACCUUAUUAAUUAUUUAUCAAUUUAAAGUAGUGGCUUCUAGACUGCCUUUAUAGUUCAAAGUUAAUGUAUGUCCCAGUUCAGGCAUGCACAACAUACGGCCACGAAGUAACAAAAUAUUCUUCAUUCUUAUUAUUUUCUUAAUAGCUUUUCCCCCUGUUUUAUUUUCUUUUGGCCCACACAAAUCCUGUCCUAUUUUCUUUUGGCCCGCACAAGUUUUUCAUAAAGUAUUACGGCCCGCCUUACAUUUUGAGUUGUGCAGGCCUGUCCUAGUUCAUAGGGCGGCAGUCUUUUUUGAAGGAAGAUCCAUUUCAUAAAUUAUAUGUCUUAUACCUUAAAUUUAGAAAAUACUUUGAAACACUUUAACAAUCAUAAUUAAAUUAAAAAUUCACUAUUUUUUUUUCAAGUUUAAAAAAUUUUUAAGAGUGAAAAGAGACAAAUGUUUUUCAUUCAAAAGAACCGCAUGGGGCUCCUGAUUCGCAGGUUGCUGACCACUGCACCUGUUCAAGAGAUGCACAUACUUGUUCAGUGGGGUAGGCGGGAUACAGUGGGUUUGUGGGACACUAAUUAUGUUUUUUUAAUGGAGGUUUAUCUAGUGAAUGAGUGCAAAGGGAGAUGUGUAUGAGUUCAAGGUAGGGAUGAAUUGUUUCAAAGGGAGACAUGUAUGAGUUCAAGGUAGGGAUGAAUUGUUUCAAAGGGAGAUGUGUAUGAGUUCAAGGUAGGGAUGAAUUGUUUCAAGGGGAGACGUUUAUGAGUUCAAUGUAGGGAUGAAUUGUUUCAAAGGGAGAUGUGUAUGAGUUCAAGGUAGGGAUGAAUUUUUUCAAAGGGAGACAUGUAUGAGUUCAAGGGGAGAUGUUUAUGAAUUCAAGGUAGGGAUGAAAUUUUUCAAAGGGAGAUGUGUAUGAUUUUAAGGUAUGGAUGAAUUUUUUCAAAGAGAUGUGUAUGAUUUCAAGGUAGGGAUGAAUUGUUUCAAAGGGAAACAUGUAUGAGUUCAAAGGGAGAUGUGUAUUAUUUCAAGGUAGGGAUGCAUUGUUUCAAAGGGAGAUGUGUAUGUGUUAAAAGGAAGAUGUGUAUGUUUUCAAAAGAGAGGAGUAUGUUUUAAAGGGAGAUAUGUAUGAGUGCAUAGGGAGAUGUGUAUGAGAUCAUAGGGAGAUGUUUAUGAGUUCAAGGGAGAUGAAAUGGGAGGCUACAAAGUUUAAUAAUUUUUCCUCUUUUAUUUUAUUAAAUUAAAAUGAUAAUUGGUGAGCUAGGAUUUUUUUUAAAUGUGGGGAGGUAAAACAAAGUUUAGGAAACCAUCUGAUUGAAAGAAAGUACAUGCUGACAAACAUUUCUUUCUUUUCACAGGUUAAUGAAAAUCUGUCCCUGUAUAUGGAGAGUUUUGAUAUAGUGAUAAUUGAUGACGAAAGUCUGGACGUGAUAAACGGCAUCAUGAAGUGUAUAAUGGGAGCCCCCAUUUAGUUCAUCAGUUUGUACAGGACGCAUAUGUCUUUAUUUAUUAUCCAUUACUGCUGGACUCAACAUAGUGUGGAAUCUAACAAACGUUCAAGAACAUAGGUAAAAAUGAGCCCAGAAGAUUGAAAGAACUGGCUGAAAUUUUACAGCUGGGAUUAAGAAACAGUUGGCCAAUAACGGGACAAUAAUUUUGCUGUGCCCCCCCCCCCCCCCCCCCUUAAAACCUUAAAAUACAAAUUUUUAAAAUAUAUUUUUACCCCACCUCUUUAUCUCCUUGAAAUCAUAAAAUCAGCUGAUAUCAACAGACAAAUAGAUUCUUUGCUAAAUUUUUUCUCUUGUAAAGAAUUUACUAUUACCCUGAAUGUUAUUGUCAGUUAGGUACAUAUGAAGUCCAUGUGACUGGUCAUAACUAUGUAGUAACAUGAUAAACUGAAAAGUACUGCCCUUAUUUAUGAUGUGUAAUAUUUUAUAUGUUCAGGAAAAUUAUGAUUUGCAUCACAUUGGUAUUUUCUUUAACCACUUCCAGCCACCCACAUAUGUCGUAACGAAUUCUGUUAACAUAUCAAUUUAUUUGAUAGCAGAAUUAAAAAAAAAUAUUCCUGGUCAUUGCUUAAUUCAUCCUUCACUGUGGAGGUCAUUGCUUAAUUCAUCCUUCACUGUGAAAAACUUUGUUUUGUAACACCUUUUGAAAUAAUAAAUUUAGUUUAUCUUUAUAUAAUAUAUAAUUUAUAAUAAAUUAUUAAGUAAUAGAAAUUUCAUCUGAACAGAAAAACAGUAGUUCAGCAUUGGUUGUAACAAAAUUAAGGGAAAAUUCUUAACAUAAAUGUAACAAAUAAAUUACUAAAUAAAUUGUUGACCUUGUCUAACUAACAUCUUAAAAGUUAUUUUGAAAGGUCUUGUUUAAAAAAAAAUGUACAGUAUAAAUUUACAUUAGUAAUUGCUUAAUAAGUAUUUACACAUGAGUUUGAUAUUAAUUUAUUUUCAUUUUUACCAGAUGGCAUUUGAAUAGUUAACUGACUAGUCUAGCCUAACUGUUUUAUAUUAAUGGGCUUCACUUGUUAGGAUCUCAAACUGUGUGUUCAGCAUCCCAUGGGACAUGUCCAUUAAUUUCAUAUCAGAAUAAACAUUUGUUGAGGAGUUUUUUCUAGCCUUGGAUGACUUAUUUAGUACUGGUAUCUUAACUUUUAGGUCACCCAAAAGCUGAAUUUUUAAAUCACUAUAAAAUGAAUGGGAACUUUAAUGUCCAUCUUGAAAUGGAGAUCACUGGUUUAUUUCUAUGAAGGUGGCUGUCAUUAAUUUGUAUGCAUAAGUGCUGUGCUUCUGUUUAAAAGUUUAAACUUAGUGAAACGUAUCGGGCCUUAUUUAAGGUUUAAUGUCUGUUCAUUGAACAUGGUUGAUAUUUUUAUUGCCUUGCUUGCUGUUGGAUAAGAUUGUAGAAAAACAUUGAUUCAUGAUCAAUGAAAUCUUGAAAUAAUUUUCUUUCCUAGGGAUAUUCACAAAUGAUAGGAUUCUCCAAGCAACUGUCCCUCUGUUUAAAUGGGGGCAUCAGACUAAGUGCUAACCAACAAUACUGUCCAUUCCUCAGCCCAUGUUUAUGACAGAGAUAUCUGAUAUAUUGGGAUACAAUCAACAAAUGCUUAUUGCCUUUGGAGUGCCACUUUUGAACUAUUUGAAUAUAAUUUUAAAAUGAGUCUGGAGGUGAUUCAGCUGAGGUUGUUUCAGAGUAUUAACCAUUCACUGACUUGAAUGUGGCAUAGAGAUUCAUCUUAACACUGACCUGAAUGUGGCAUAGAGAUUCAUAUCAAACACCUGAAGUAAUUUAAUUGUGUUAACUACUACAUGCCAUUAUUAAUUUAAUUAGAAUUAAACUCUUGUAAUGAAGGGAACAAGCCUGUCUGGCAACCAGGGUAUCGUUAUCAUCAAAAGUUAUAAAGGUUAGAUUUUUAUAAAAUAUAGUAACACAAUUUUUAUGAAGUUUUAAAAAGGUCUCCCUACGUAUUGUAUGUCACAUUAGGCUGUGGUGAUUAUUUAAAUAAAACACAUUUUUCUACAUCUAUUAAGAACUCUUGCACAUAUCUGUUUUGUUUUUAAAUCCAUCCGUCAAUUAUAUUUGGAAUGAGAGUUAUAAAUGUUCCUUAUAUUAUAAUAAAUGGUUUAUUUUUUAAUUGUGCAUCUGAACUGUGCACUGAUCAAAUGGGUUAAG